CAUAGCAACAGGCCAGGCUGUCGCCAUUUUGUCAGUUGCUUUUUUAAUCUUUCAAAUGUUUUCGCUUCCCGCCGGAAUAAUGCAGUCACGCGCAUCUAACGGUGACAGUUUAGGAAAGCCUUCGCCAACCGCGUCGGACUAAAAACCACAUCGGGGACAAAGAAUCGGAAUGUCAGGAGUAUAUUUGGUGGGCUAGUAGUCCGUGUCUCGGGUCCGCCGGGCCGGUCCGCUGCGCAGGUUUGGAACGCGCGCCAUUUUGUGAAAACUGACAGAAAAGCUUAACGGUUUUUGUUCACCUUUUUACGCAGCUUUUUUUACAGCAUCCUCACGCAGCUUUUUUUUCGCGACUAAUUUAGCCUUUGAAGGCCAUUAAUUCGCGUCUCCGCCUCUCCAUGAGCGAAGAAUCUUCAAUGCGCGUUUCCGAGCGCUAGCUGGUUAGCUGCGUUCGUUCAAGUCACUGAGACAGAGCGCUAACUAGCCGCUAGCCUUCACUUCACCACUUAUAAACCAUGAUCAACGCACAAAUGAAGUCUGACACGGGCAAACACGAACUGGAAAGACGCUGUUGUACCUGUCAGCUCAAAUAGGAAGGCAUUUAGCCCCGUCUGGCUCAGUACAUUAGGGGUGUCUCAUUGGAAGCAGCGUAGAGAAACUGGAUCAGUCGCUUCACUUUACUGGAUCUGGCACUUUAAAUGAAGAUCACACCAUCAAAGGGGGAGAGACCUCAGCAUGCAAACCCUCGUCUGUCCGGCUUGCACCCUCUCUUUCUUUCCAUGCUGCUGGUCUUCAGAUGGCUGCUCCCAUGCCUCAUUCGCACCAGCAGUACAGUGACUGUCACCAGCAGAGUACAGACCAGUCUGUCACUGUACUGCCGUACAGUGAUCAGACACAAGCACUCACUGCCAGCCAGAGGCACAUGCCCCAGUGCUUUCGUGACCCCACUUUAGCUCCUCUGAGGAAGCUCUCCAUAGACCUGAUCAAAACCUACAAACACAUCAAUGAGGUGUAUUAUGCAAAAAAGAAACGACGGCAUCAACAGGGUCAAGGUGAGGACUCCAGCCACAAGAAAGAAAGGAAAGUCUUUAAUGAUGGCUAUGAUGACGAGAACUACGAUUACGUUGUCAAGAAUGGGGAAAAAUGGAUGGACCGCUAUGAAAUCGACUCUUUGAUUGGAAAAGGGUCAUUUGGACAGGUUGUAAAAGCUUACGACCGAGCUGAGCAAGAGUGGGUAGCUAUUAAGAUCAUCAAGAACAAGAAGGCCUUUCUGAAUCAAGCUCAAAUUGAAGUACGACUUCUCGAGCUCAUGAACAAACAUGACACAGAGAUGAAAUACUAUAUUGUGCACUUGAAACGGCACUUCAUGUCGAAUCAUCUUUGCUUAGUAUUUGAAAUGUUGUCGUACAAUUUGUAUGACUUGUUACGAAAUACGAACUUCAGAGGUGUUUCUUUGAAUCUGACACGGAAGUUUGCCCAGCAGUUGUGUACAGCACUACUGUUUCUCGCUACACCUGAGCUCAGCAUCAUCCACUGUGACCUAAAGCCAGAGAACAUCCUGCUAUGUAACCCCAAGAGAAGUGCCAUCAAAAUAGUGGAUUUUGGGAGCUCCUGCCAACUGGGACAAAGGAUAUAUCAGUACAUCCAGAGUCGAUUCUACCGCUCCCCUGAAGUGUUAUUGGGAAUGCCAUAUGACCUGGCCAUAGAUAUGUGGUCUCUGGGCUGUAUUCUGGUGGAAAUGCACACAGGAGAACCUCUAUUUAGUGGAGCCAAUGAGGUGGACCAAAUGAACAAAAUUGUUGAAGUACUUGGGAUCCCACCCAAUCAUAUUAUGGACCUAGCACCAAAAGCCAGGAAGUUUUUUGAAAAGCUGUCAGAUGGAACAUGGAGUAUUAAGAAGACCAAAGAUGGAAAAAGGUACAAACCUCCGGCAUCUAGAAAGCUCCAUGCCAUCUUGGGAGUGGAAUGCGGUGGACCAGGCGGUCGUCGGGCGGGAGAAUCCGGCCACGCAGUAGCUGACUACUUGAAGUUCAAGGACCUCAUUCUCAGAAUGCUGGACUAUGACCCCAAGACGCGGAUUCAGCCCUACUAUGCCCUCCAGCACAGUUUCUUCAAGAAAACGACGGAUGAAGGAACCAAUACAAGCAGUAGUGUGUCAACAAGUCCUGCACUUGAGCAGUCGCAGUCAUCAGGGACCACUUCUAGUACAUCCUCAAGCUCAGGAGGAUCAUCUGGAACAAGCACCAGUGGCAGAGCAAGAUCCGAUCCAACUCACCACCAUCGGCACAGCAGCGGGCAUUUCAGCACAGCUAUGCCAGCCAUAGACUGUGACAACCUGUGCCCUCAGGCGAGACAGCCUUAUCAUCCACCAGUAGUAUGGCCUGGAAUCGUAGGACCAGAACCUGUCACUGUAGAGACUCAUCCAGUCCAGGAAACCACUUUUCAUGUGCCUCCCCAGCAUCCCAAGGCAUUGCACCCCCAUCACCAUCACCACCAUCAUCACCACCACCACCACGGACAGGUCAUUGCAACGCGACCACGGCCGCGACUCUACAACUCGCCCACCAACAGCGCCUCCACCCAGGAUUCCAUGGAGGUGGUGCACGGUCAUCUGUCCAUGACAUCUCUGUCUUCCUCGGCAUCCUCUUCCUCCACAUCUUCCUCUUCCACAGGAAACCACGGCAACCAGGCUUACCAGCUCCGCCAUCUUCCUGCCAACACCCUGGACUUUAGCCAAAACGGAAGUUUGAGUAUGGGUUUGGGUGCCUUCUCAAAUCCUCGCCAAGAGACUGGUAUGGCUGGAAAUCCCACGUACCCCGUUGCCACAAACACAGGAACUGGUCACUUUAUAGCAGAGGGACACCUGGGCAUGAGACAAGGCAUUGAUAGGGAAGAUUCUCCAAUGACUGGAGUCUGUGUUCAGCAGAGCUCGAUGGCCAGCUCGUGACUUUAGCUGAAAUGGGUUUGUUUUGUUUUGUGUGUGAAUUUUUCUUUUUAUUUUUCGUUUCUUUUGUUUUUUUAAUGGUGGUGUUUUCAUUUUCUCCUGUUUUUUCAAAAGGUGCAUAGAGAAUAAAAGCUGCUCACUUCAGAGGGGAGAUAUCACUGAACCGCUACAAAUUGAAGAGUAUUUAAAAACAAAAGUCUAUAUGUAUUUCCAUCAUUUUACGUUGUCGAUUUCUAGAUGAGUUAGUAAUGCAGCAGAUAACCAUAGUGGAACUGCCCAUUCACUCAACUGCAUACAGUACUUGUCCACCAUCUGUUACAUCUAGAUUGGUUUUAUUUGUCCCUUUUUUUCAUUCAAUACAGUGAGCAUUUCAGAGCUGUGAGCUGUCGUACAGCUUUUUAUAUGUAAAGCAAUGCAAAACAUUUGUUUAGUUCAAACAAGUGAAACAUUGGACAUUAUCAUUUGGCUGGUCGUUCUUUUCUUUACCCUUUAAGUGAAACUUCUCUAAAGAGCUGUGUGUUUAAACCUGUAGCGUGUCAAGGAAGCAGUACUUGCAGUGAUAUUUCGUGUUGUCGGUAUCGUGUAACUCUUGGAGCGGGGCACUGAGCUGCUGAGCUCUGCUGGUGUUGGGUCCCGAGACAGACAGACAGACAGGCAGGUGCAGUACUCUUCAGGCCUGGAGGACCGGCCAGCUUCGACUACGUACAGCAGCUGAGGAGGAGGAGAUAAUGAUGGAGGUGUGCUGAGGAGGGGGAGCAGAUCCGGAUCCAGGCGGAUUUGGGGGCUGCUGUCGAGAACCCUUUGGCCUUAUGACUUUUGGACCUUGACUGAAAAGGAGCUGGACUUUAUCAUUAAACAGAUAUGAUGGCUGUCCUCUAUUUUUCACGUUUAAAGAAAGAGUCCUUAAUCGGUUAGGGAAGCUGAACGAGAAUAACGUUAUCCAGAGGCCUUUAUUUAGCAAAGAUUUCUCUCUUUUAAAGGACUCCAAAUUGCAGGGUCUUGCUCAAACGUCCCUAACAUGACUUCCUAAAAUUGCCGAAGUGGGAUUUCACAUUGAAAGUAUUCGUUUCUCAUUGAUUGGCUUGUUUUUUUCCGUUUUCUUUCCCGUCAAGCAUGUGGUUCCCAUUGGAAAAACAUCUGCAUAAAUUUGCCUCUUUGUGUUGAACACAGAAGAUAUGUAAUGAGAUUUAUGUGACUGCCUUUUUUCUCCUCUUGAAUUAUGCUGUGAAUUUUACACCAAUUACUUUAUUAUUACAGUCUUUUCUUUUCUUGUCUUUUUUUUUUUGAUAUACCAAAGCAGUUGUUUUUUAUAGCACUAGGUGUCUGUAAGAAAUAAUGUAGCAGUUCACCACUUCAGCCCGAGCUUCAUCAGAGUCCAUUUUAGUCUGUACACGCUCUCUCUCAAACUGGAACUUUUGCUGAACUUUGUUUUAAAUGUUAAGGAAAUACUGAAGUCGGUUUAAUAUAUGGAUAAACCUCCCCGAUUUGUUACCUUUUUCCUUUUGUUUUUGCUGUCAAGGGGAGGGAAGAGGAACACUGACGGUUACUCUGCAGGCUCCAGAGUAGCUGAGAGCUCACAGAAAUGUAUUCCGAGGAGAGAAAAAGUGUUUUGUUUUAUAUUUACCUGGUCUAUCAGUCAGUGAUGCUGCCUUUUAUACCUAAUUUGAUGAACAUGCUAAUUUCUACCUUUUUAAAUCUAAGUGGCUACUUAAAUUUAUUUAUUCAGGCAGUCUACUGUAGCUACUGUGACCUCUGCGUCUGAGUUGAAUUUGUUAUCCAGCGAUUGCUUGCCUCAGAUGUAGUAUUGAAAGGGAAGCGCUGCCGCACAGACACUGGGCACAUGCAUGUUUCUGAAGAGGAGAAGUGUUUAUAGUCACGUUAAGGAUAGCUAUGCUCACUCUCGUCUUUAUAUCAGAGGCUGUGAGCCCCCCCACCACCACCACCUAGCUUCUCACUUAAGGUCUCAAUUGAAUUCUUCAGAGAAGCCCUACUUGGCUCAAUCACAGACAGUGGGACACUAUCCUGCCAGAAAGCGCGUGGUGUUCACUUUUUUUGCUUUCGCGAAGACAUCACUUUCAGACAGAAUCAUGUUUUUGGUAUAUUUCUCACAACGGCUAGUGGAAAUCUGAAGAAAAGGAGUUUACCUGAAUGUUAGUUACAGAUGUUUUUGCCUAUAUAUAAAAACAUUGGAGUGCAGUUUGCUGGCGUUGACAUAAACAUUCCAAAUAUCAAAAUCUUUAAAAGAAAAAUGGCAGAAACUUUAAGAGUGCACCUGUUUCAGCUGUUACUAAAUGAGGUCUGAUUUAGUGCAGUUUUCAUGAAAUGCAGCCCCUUUUUAAUAGUUGAAAUAGAAUUUAUGUAUAUAUUUAUAUUUUUUUAAAUAAAGGAAGUAUAGAACUCACUACAUUGCUCCUGCUGGUAUGUCAAUUACAUUGCCUUCUGUUUGCUUACCUGUUUAUUUCCCCCUGCCUUUUUUCUUUUAAAACCCCUCCUUGUCUUGGUCGAUGGACCAAUAUUGCUUUUAGUCAGGUGCAUUUGACACCAACAGGACAACAUUAAAGGUAGGGCUUAUGACUUGUACCGAAGGAAUCUUUUCACAGGGUAUGACGCAUGUGUGUGUGUCCACACUUUUUUAUAAUGCUCAUGGUUUGCUAGGUCUGUUUCUCCCCUUUUCUUAGAAAUGCAUUCUAGGUAUUUGUCACUGAUACACAAGAUCAUGUUUUUUAAUUCAGCAUUCUUCUGCCUUCUGAUUAUUUUUGACUUUUCAGAUUUUCUUGACCCUUUUCAUGCAACAUGCACUAUAUAAUUGAACAGCAUGGGGAAAGGAUAAGUGUCCACAGAUUGUAAGCUCUAGUCAAGACUUUGCUGUGUAUAUGAAAAUGCCCUUUGUAUUAUAUUCAAACAGUCUUAUGUAUGAUAUAUAAAAAAUAACUUAAUUGA